AUGGCAAGGAACCACAAAGCCAUCGAGGAAGAUUUAAAUCUACCAACUCUGCUACUCGUCAACAAGCGCAUGCAUGCCCUUGCGGCAGAAGUGUACUACAGCGGCAACACCUUUGUCGUUCGGCGCUCUAGCAAGUCCUGGGGGCACUCAGCCCCGGGCGACGACGACAAGUGGCGUUUCCCUCCGUUUGUGUUCGGUAGUCACGUUCGCAAACUGGUGAUACAGCUGGAGUUGUACAGUCGCAUUGACGACGCGGCACAGUGCCUGGAGCCGUCGUUUGAGAACGAUUGGCUGGUGCUUCUCCGUCCCCGACCUGUCCACAAAGCUGCUACUCCCAACGCGCCACAGCAGGCAGGAGGGCAGGAUUGGCAGACUCAAUUCCCCAAGCUCACCGAAUUGACGGUGCGACUGAGCACUUCUCUGCACUUGCAUUUACAAAUCAACAGUGACAGCGAUGAGUACCGACAAGCACUACUUGACCUGCCAAACAAAGCGACUGUUGUGCUGCAGCCAAAGCAUUUGAAGCUCGAGAAUGAAUCAAGCGCGGAGAUUAGGUCCAGUGACCCGAUGCAUGGCGCCAUUCACAAGAUGGUCAAGCUCAGAAUUUAA